AUGCAAUUAACCAAAUUAGUUUCAAUCGUUGCUUUAACUCAAUUAAUUUCAACUGCACCACUUGAUCAACCAAUUCAUCCAGGUAUACCAUUAAACCAUUUGAAAGCAUCAGGUGAAGCUUAUACAAAAGUUAGUUAUGCAGCUGAUUAUACAUUAACAUUCCAAUCUGGUGAAAUUUCAAAAAAUGGUGAAAUUUGGAUUGAUGCUAAAAUUGAUGAUACAUUUGAUAAAAAUCAACCAUUGGUAUUUGCUAAUGAAACUAAAAUUUCAAAUAAUUUAAAAUAUUAUAAGACACCAGGUUGGGAAUUAUAUAAUGAUAAUAAAACAAUAACUUCAUUUUUAAAAUUUAAUGGUGAUAGGGAAGAAGUUUCAUUUAGUGUUAGAGGAUUAUAUGGUGAUUCUAAUGGGAAUGUUACUGGUACUUUUGUUAAAUUUAAUGGAUUUUAUAGACCUGAAGGUGCUUCAUCAGCAGUGGAAAUUCCAUUUAAUGCUACUGCUACAUUAGAACGAAUUGAUAUUUAG